AGCGGGAUAAUUUGUUUGUGUGCUAAAUGCAUGUGUGGAUGGAAACUGUUUUUAUGGAUCACUGUUUCUGUUUGUGCUGUUGCCACUACAUCUGAUUUCAGCUGCUCUUAUUGUUCAUCAUCCACCUCACUUCACCCCAUAGUAGUUCAGUUUUAGUCUGCUAGAGUCAGACAGCAUGCUCUGUCAGUAGCUAUUCUGAUUAUUUAAACUGCUCUGCUUGUGUCUUUUCUGUCUUUAGUCUUUCUUUUCCAAGACCUCUACCUGUUUUGGAUGUCCGUAUUAUCUGGACUAUAUUUUAGCUAUGCUUAUGUUGUGUAUUCGACAUAUUUCUGUCACGGCUGUCCAUUUUCCAGCUCUUUGUGCUUUAUCUGUUUUACGUUUUUGUUUGCCCUUUGCGGUUUUAUUUUGUGUUCCAUGUUUGCUCAGUUGUUGUUGUUUUUGUUUCUCUUUUGAAUAUUUCUGUGUGCUCUGUUCAGUUUACUUCUUUGUAUUCUACAUAGUUGAGGUUGUUUUGGACUUGCUGUUCUGACUUUCUUUAAAUAAUUUAGUUGUAUGUCCCUAAUGUUGCCUCUGCCUGCUCCAAUGCACUCCGACAUCUUCCUAUCCUCUUCUUAUAAUGCAGCUUUAAGAAGUGGAGCACAUAAUGCUGGCUCGGCCCUCUCUGCAGUCGAAGCAGUUCUGCUCUCUCGGUCUCUCUCUCCGCUACCCUCCCUCUCUCUGUGAUGCUGGUGUGCACUGUACAAGUUAAUGUGUCGAGCUGCAGAGCUGGCCUGAGCCGCUAGCUCAUUUAGCUGACUAAACACAGGGACUCUCAGCUACAUCAGCCAGUGUGAGCAGCAGGAGCGAAUUGUUCACAUAUUUCCAGCAGACAACGCUUUAGCCAGGACCUGCUACUAUGAUAUGUUACUACAUUAUGGAUCAGCCGUGCAGACUCAGGACUGAGAACUAGGAUUUGACAGCAGCUGUCUCUGCAACACAUCAAAUAUUGAGAGGUGAAGGAACUGCACCGAGAGGAAUGUGCUGAUGUGGCGAUGAAGGUGUUGUUUAGCAAACAUAUGGGACAUUACAGUAAAAAGAGGAUGCCUGGAUGGAUGGAACAUUGUCGGAUUCAUGAGACGGUCGUUUAGCAGGUUUUAAUCACCAUCUACUGGUUGGGUCGUGCUGCCAACACCUGUACCUCCUACAACGGGCCCACACUGGACCUGAAAGAGUUUGAAGGCCUGCUGUCACAGAUGCGAAAGGAGGCGGAGGAGGCAGAGAGCCCUAAACGCAGCAUCCGGGACAGUGGCUACAUCGACUGCUGGGACUCUGAGCGCAGCGACUCUCUUUCUCCGCCACGCCACGGACGCGAGGACUCAUUCGACAGCCUGGACUCCUUCGGCUCACGCUCACGACAGACCCCAUCGCCGGACGUCCUGGUCGCCCGCGGCAGCAGCGAUGGCCGUGGCAGCGACUCGGAGUCCGACGGCCCCUCUCACAGGAAGAUGCCAGAUGUUCGUAAGGACGACAUGUUGGCACGGCGAACGUCCAUCAGCGAGCCACGAACCGCCAUGCCCUUCAACCAGUACCUACCCAACAGGAGCAACCAGAGUGGAUAUGUGCCAACACCGCUCCGCAAGAAACAGAACGACAAGGAGGAGGGAGGACGGAAGAGCUGGAGUACCGCCACUUCACCUAUGGGGGGAGACAGACCUUUUAGUCCAAAUGAGGUCUCUAGCUUAGACGUCCCACCUGACGAGUCUCCUAGUCCAUCCCCCACCCCGCCCCUUGAACCCUACAUACAGAUUCAGAAGGAGAUCCAGAGUAUAAAGGACGAGGAGGAAGGGGAACAGGCUUCAUCCACACCUUGCAUUGAGAUCCAUGCAGUGGGCAUAAGGAGGAGCAGUGCGCCUCUGCCCUGUAGCAUCUCCCAGUUCCGUGCAGAGUCCCCCGAGGAGACUGUAACUCAACUGACGGUCACCUCUGAGCAAAGUACUCCAUCUCGCUCGUGCUCAGAGGAGUUCUUCCAACAUUCGACGACUCUAGCGGCGAACACCACGGCGGGCUCUGUGACUGCAACAAGCCCUGUCAACACAGCUGGGAAACGUGCACCUCUGGGAGGCCAGGAGGAUGCAGAAGUGAGGAAAGGAGCUGCCAUUUCUAGGGUAGUUGCAGAGGGGGGUGAUAAAGAGGCCUGUCGAAAGCUGACCUCGCCCAAACGUGUCACCACCCCGAGUCUGUCCGACUUCCUUCCUGUGCCUGCUGCUAUGGCAACCGCUUCAACAGAAACAAGUGACACAGGCCGACGGAGGGGACGCACACUGAGCGAAAGGGAUGACCCGCGUGGACUGACGCCUUGGUUGGACAGCGGUCUUCCAGCAACAUUCAGCCACACAGAUAGUGUGUCAGAUGAUCCACAGAGUGUGAGUAUGAUCGACAUGCGUGGUGAGGAAGAAGGCGUCCUGCAGCCGCACAGUCAAGUGCGUCAUGAACUGAUGCACAACCAGUACAACAAAAUGAAGGAAGAGGAGGAUCACUGGCAGGAUGACCUGGCUCGAUGGAAAAGUCGUCGGAGGAGUAUUUCCCAGGACCUGAUCAAAAAAGAGGAGGAGAGGAAGAUGAUGGAGCGAGUGUUGUCAGGAGACAGCUGCAUCUCUCAGAGGAGAAGAAGCAUCAAGACCUACAGAGAGAUCGUGGAGGACAAGGAGCGGCGUGAGGAGGAGCUGCGGCAGGCCUACAGGAAAGCCAGAACCCCAGAGGAGGCGUCUGCCGUUCUCCAAGGUUAUGCUCAGCGUUUCUCCAUCAGUGAAGCAGUCCUGGAACGCCUGCAGCUGCCAAAGCUCUUGGACCGCAGCAUAUCUGCUGACCCUUCCUUUCCCUGCUCGCCCUUCCCCGUCUCCCUCUCGCUUUCGGCCUCCCCGACAACGCCGGAUCCCUUUGACGCGGAUCCUAACGGGCCCCUGAGGUAUCUGCGCCAGCAGUCGGCCCCAGCUCCAAAGUUCACGUCUACACUGGAGGCACGAAUUGAGGAGUUUCCCAGAGACUCAUCAUCGCACCAGCGGCCUCAGAUUCGCUCUCGCUCCUCUGAACCGCCAACAACCCGAACCCUGUCGCCCAAACCGGUGCCUUUGGUGACGCCCAAGCCUUACUUCCAGUCCCGACCUGCAGCAGCUGAAACUUGGAACAGCAAGGCGGAUGGUUUGCUCCGAGUAAACGGCGACGUUAGGAAUGACGACGUUCCCACCACGCCCGAGAGCCCGAGAGGAAGGGAAUCCCCUCCCCAUUUCCAGGCAUCCCCUUCUAAAACCAGAGACAGUGCUGUAGCGGCUCCCUCAUCAGCGGCCUCACCCACUCGCAGUAAAAACACCUCCACUGCAGGAGGAGCUCCAGUGUCACCGAAGGCCAAGGAGACACAAGCUGGCACAGAGGCAGCUUCUGAAGACGUCCAAGAGGAGAAAGUCACUGAGCAUUCGACACCACCCAGCCGGCCCACCUCACUCCCCACGGAGCUCCAGAAGCCAGAGGAAAGCUUUGGAAAGACGGGAGUCCAAACAGCAGCUGUUCCAGAGAAAGAGAAGUCCGAUGCUGCAGCUCAUCAAACACCACCUGCAGAAGACAAACAAGAGCAAGAAAAGCCUGAAGCAUCCCAGGAAAACCCCUCCAGUCUUGUUCAGCCAGAGGUCAACACACAGCAGGAACCAACAGUAACUUCCCAGGCAAAAGUUCCCUCUUCCCAAGAGCAGUCGCAGAAAACAGAGACGGCACUGAGCUCAUCUGCACCAGGAUCAUUUGAAUAUCACACACCAAGGGAAACGACAGCAGAGUUUGAAAUCAGUGUCAGGUCUCCGCUGGCAACCAGCAACCCUAAGUUACGCUGGGAGUUCUUCGCUCCGCCAGAAGACGCUGAGAAGGACCUUCGUGGAAACGUGUCAGUGCCGGUGUUGCCCCAGGCCAAGCGGGGUGACCGCUGGUCUUGGGACCCGGAUGAGGAGCGAAAGCGUCAGGAAAGGUGGCAGCAAGAGCAGGAGCGCAUGCUGCAGGAGAAAUACCAGCGCGAGCAGGAGAAGCUGAAGGAGGAGUGGGAGAAAGCACAGAAGGAGGUGGCAGAGGAGGAGAGGAAGUACCACGAGGAGGAGCGCAGGAUACUGGAGGAAACUGUGGCGCCUCUGACACCCCGCUCCUCAGCCCUGCCCUCCCCCAGCCGAGGGGAGUUCUCCUCCACCUCUGAACCUCAGGACACCAUCGUCCGUUCGCUGGCGGACUGGGAGCGCAAACAGGAACUGCUGGAGAGGCAGUCGAAGCCGAGCACAGAGAGUGUAGAGUGGAAACGGAGAGAAAACGACAGGACCAGUGACAUCAGCACCGCUGACGACAGCAUGAAAACAGGCAGAAGCUCGGUGAGUCAGAGCAGCAGUCAGGUAGAGGUGCUCACUCACAGCCUUCAGAACGGCCAAAAGGUUCCUCCGAUGCCGACCAAAUCCUCAACUCCAGUCAAGAAACAGGAGCCCCCAGCAGACAGUAACAGACCCAGCCGGCCUGCAGGGGAUCGAAGGAGCGGCCCCAUUGAUAAUAACGUGGGCCGCAGCUCAUCAAAGCCCCCUGCAGCAUGUCCAUCACCGUCAGACACGCUGCCUCCAGCACCCAACAGGUCUGUCAGUGGGAAGAAGCUGUGCUCCAGCUGUGGUCAGCCGUUAGGAAAAGGGGCCGCCAUGAUCAUAGAGACCCUCAGCCUCUACUUCCACAUCCACUGCUUUAAGUGUGGGGUGUGUAAGGGACAGUUAGGCGACACAACUACGGGGACGGAUGUCCGGAUCAGAAACGGUCUCCUCAACUGCCACCAGUGCUACAUCCGCUCUCGCUCGGCCGGACAGCCAACCACAUUGUGACGCUCGACUAAAAAGCACAAGGUUCACGGAAGAAAAACCCAUCCUCCCUGUUUUAACCCGAUUAUCUGCAAAUCAUGUCCUUCACAGCGUGUCGGGAUCUUUGCAUCCUCUUCAGCUCGAUAACCGUUGAAGAUUCAUCAUGUGGGAUAAUGGGGACAGUCACGCGUUUAACAAAAAUAACUGUAUAUUUCUCGUGUUUAUGUCAUCUGAUACGUGAGUGAAAUCUGGAUUUGAUUGGUCCUCGUGCCACCACAAACUGUGUUUCAUCAUGCAGCGAAAGAGAGAGAGAGACUGUUCAGAGGCGACGGCCAUGUUGAAAAGAAAACGCAAUAAGAUUUGCAGAUGAACACAGGUAGGCUAUGCUGAUGCCCAGAAUGAACACUAGAAUCAGAUUCUAUUUUCCUGGUUGGAUAAAAAGAGAAAAAAAAGAAUAUUUACUAUGAUGGAAAUGCAGUAUGUCUUCACUUUAUACCAUAUAAACAAUAUUUUCUUAAUUUGAGGUGAUAAGAAUAAAAAAAAAUGGAGUUUAAACAACAUAUGAUCAGGCAGCACAGAUUCGAUCUGGAAAAACAAGAAUUUUAUGCCCCUUUAAUGAAGUAAUAGAUUCAAACAAACCUAAUCUAGGAAGUGCAAUAAAGGUCACUAUAUACACAAUACAACAAAUUGUAAUUCACUAUAUUUUAUCCUUUGGCCCACACAGUGACCUCCAAUGUCUCUUGUUCUGUGUACAGAAUAGAACUAGCUUCUAAUAUAAAGACAUAGUAUGGAUGUAGGCUCCUCUUUAGGGCAAUAACAUGACUUGUGAGCUGUCUUUGUGCUUGUGGGUCACGGCAGGUUGUUCGUCGUCCGGUCUGUCAGCUUGGAAGACUUUAAUGUGCCUUAGGAAAGCAAGGUGAAGCAGGAAACAAAACACCAGCUGUAUGGUGUUUAAAUUUUCCUUUCUUUAUUUUUAUUCUCUUUUUUUUUUGAGUCCAGGAGGGAUUUGGCCAAAUUUAAACUCCUAAACUGCAGAUGGACGAGCUGCAGCCCUCCUUCACAUCACGCUUUACUUCACUUGAUAAGUACUCUUUAUUUUCUCAGAUACAAGGAUCUUAAUUUCAUAUCCACCCCUGCGAUUCCUCUGUGAUUUAUAGUGAAAUAAAGAAAGAAAUACAUCUGUUUGGAAACACACACCCAAUACCGUGUGUCUACUGCAGGGGGUCUUGAUUUAAUUUUGAAUGUUUUAUUCUAGAGCGAUAUAGACUUCUGUAUGCUAUUAAUUGAGGUAAUUUUGAUAAUUGCUCAGUGGUAGAAUUCAUUUAUACAUUUAAAGACAUUUUAAAAGAUCACCAGUACAUGUUACACGUAGUUAAACGGCAGAGGUAAUCCGAACACUUACCAGCAGCAGUUGCACCUGUGCAAUAUUUGGUUGGAUGAAAACUGAAGAUCCGUGCCGCCAGCUGCACAUUUUAAGUCACUUGCUUCUUUUGUAUGAGAAGAGCUCCGUUAGGUGUCGUGGAUGUACAACAAUAAAAUAAAAAUAAAUGCACGUUUAAGCCUAAAACCAAAUGAUUUGCUGUAUGAAAGCAAACUAGCAGCCUCCACCUCUUCCUCCUCCUGAACUGCGUCCUAUAGCCGAGCUUCUCUCUCCGGGUUCAUCUCUCUGAUCUACAGUAUUUUUAAGGUUCUGUUACGAUUGUGUAUUUUUAUUUUUAUCCUCAUUUAGUUAAUGAAUCAGCUGAGUCUCUUAUAGCGGGAUCUUUGAGACGGAGCUCUAUAUUCAGACGGUCUUCUUAACAGGAUAGUUGGGGAAUGAGAACCUUUUACGUCUGUUCUGUAUUUAUUGUAAUAUUCACCUGAACACUAUCCGAAAUAUAGAUUAAUUUGAUGUUGAAAUGCAUCGGCAUUUAUAGCAUACUGUAUGUUUAUAAAUAAAAUGUUAUAAAUUAAAA